UUUUUUUUUUCAUCGAUUGUAUCUACUGUAUUAAUUAACAUGAUGAUAAACAUAAUUUUGUUCAGUUUAUUAUUAGGAUCAUCUUUAUGUAAUCCAAUAGCAAACGUUUGGAUCAAUCCCAUAGGAAAUUAUUCACCAUUACGACAAUAUCACAUACAAGAUGGAUCAGGAUCUUAUCGAUAUUCGUUCACGGGACCCCAUCAUGCUAAAACGGAAUCUAACUUGAAUGGUAUUACACAGGGUGGUUAUUCUUACAUAGACGCAAACGGAAUACUACAAACAGUAUUGUAUACCGCAGAUGAUCAAAAUGGUUUUAGAGUUAGAGCUAGUAAUUUACCAGAAGCACCUAAAAAUAAUCAUGACGAACAAAUUCAACAAGAUGAUACACCGGAAGUAACAUUAGCUAAACAAAAUCACUUAGAGGAAUUGCAUAAAUCUCAGUUAAACGAUCGGAACAUACUAUCUUAUAAGAUCUUACCACCGUAUGUCAGUUACGCACAGUUAAAACCAACCGAGAACAAGAUUGUCGAACGAGAAAUUCAGAGCACGAAAAAUCCAUUCGUACUAUCUCAAGCGGAAGCUGACAAGAUUCAAGUACCCAAGCCGGAUCCAACACUUUCUCAACGAGUUAGUUCACCAACAACCUCGUUCAACGUUCAGGACACUUCGGUAAAGGAUCAGGAUGAGAAUCAGGAGAAAAUACAAGGACUACGACAAUCAUCGGAUAAUCCGAAUGCUGCUUUACAGUUUGGAAAAUUCUUAGAAAUGGCAAACGUUCAUAGGAGGACAACAACAUCAGCUGCAUCAGCAACUUCAGCAACAGCAGCAACAGCAACAGUUGCAUUGCCAGCCCCAUACGUGUUUCCUGUUUUACCAUACAGGUUACUUCAUAGUUCUCUUCAUCAUACUCAAGAUUCUUUAGGUCAAUACGAUUAUAGUUAUACAGGUGAUUCAAGUGCUAAAACCGAAUCAAGGUCAUUGGACGGUACUACGAGAGGUGCUUAUAGUUAUAUCGAUCCCAAUGGUAUUUUACAACAAGUACAUUACAUUGCUGACCAUAAUGGUUUUAGAGUACUCGCUACUAAUCUACCAGAAGCAAAAUAA